AAAAUUAAUGCGCUUGCCUAUACACAACGUAUGCGUGCGAAAGAGUGCGCGAGCGUGUUUAGCGUUUGCAUGGCGCAUAUGUGCUUGCUGCUCGCACUUUAGUAUCUCAUAGGUUGUUAGAUAUUUUUCUUAGCAGAAAUGUGAUAUUUUUUUUUGUAUGUGCGCAUUGCCAGGCUGCCAUCGCCUUUGCCCGCUGCUAUUCAAUUGUUGUACGCUGUCGUUGUUGUUUCAUUUCUUCUUACUGUUGUUGCCUAUGGGUGUAUAUUGUACAUAUAUUAUUAAGCACAGAGUUGACAUUGCAGGCCAGCAGAGUUGCCCUGCUAGUUGGUUUAGUUGAAGUGUAUCCGUCGUUGAGUUUGGUCAUAUAUUUGUUACGUUCCGCAAUACGUUUUUGUGUUUUGUGCUCAGACAGUGAAAACAUACAUAUAAAAUAACCACUUCGGUUUUAUGCAUAUCUAUAUUUUCUCAGAGAGAGAGAGAGUGUGUGAGCGCCAGAAAAGUAGAGAAAGUGAGUGAGCGCGCUCGCAAUUCGACUGAUUUUAUGAGAAUAAUCACUGAGAGCGCAAAACGGUGCUCUAAUAUGAGUAUCUCAAUGUUGACAAACCCCAUGCAAUGCUGCAGUAUGACCGGGGGAGUGUCGGCUGCAUAAAAAUUAAAGUGAAUUAUUUAUUGAGAAAUAAAAUAAAGGUGCAAAAGACAUAAUCAUAAACAAAAGUGUAUAAGAAAUUAAAUAACGUGUAUCGAAUAUUAAUUAUAAAUUAAACGUGCUGCGUUCAUACGAACUUCGACAAUAAUUUAUGAGGCCUACUAUUAUUUUCGGAGACUACGAUAUUGCAUUUUUCCAAGCCAAGUAUACAUAUGAAUAUACAUAUAUACUUACAUAAAUAUGGCAUGUUUUCACCGAAACAGCAACAGCGACGGUGGUCCUUAAGCUUCCGCAUACAGGUGCUUGACCUAUUUGUAUAUCCCCACAUUGAACUACAAAUGGAUUAAAUAAACAAAAAAGUAAAAAUAAAAAAAAUACUACAAAAUCGUACAACAAAAAUCCUUAGCUACAUUAACUCAGUGUUAAUUUUCGUUUUACAUUUCUGUUCAUACAUUUGAGUUACACAUUUUCGUUGUUGUUACUCUCUCACACUGUUCUCCCUCCAUAAAAUCUUUUGCUUUGUUCAAUUUGUUGCUCACUGUGUGUGUGCGUGUGCGAAGUGAAGUAUUUAUAAGUUGUAAAGGCAAAUGAAAGGAGAAAAAUAAAAUCAAAUAACAAAAAACGUACAAAACUGACUGACUAUGCUGCAUGCAAACUUUUAAGUUAUUUCAAUUGAAUUUUUUCGUUGAACGAUGGAUCGUCGUGGAUUGAAGUUUAUUUCGAAAAGAACGGAUAUUGAAAGCGACGUCACACAGCCAGCACCCAACAACGUCUACUUGCCCACACAGCCUUUGAAGGAUAACUCGAAUAUUAGGAUUAUCAAGGUCAAUUCUGAUUAUACGCAAUCCGUGGAUAGUACAACAGCUGCGUUAAAACAACAACAACAACAACAACAACAAGGAAACACUACUGCAAAUAAUACGCCAACAAUAAAUAACACACAAAUAACAACAAAUAUUAGCAAUAAUAAUAUAAAUUGCAGUAAAAACAGCGAGCGACCGUUAAAGUGUCUCGAGACACUCGCUCAGAAGGCUGGGAUCACAUUCGACGAGAAGUACGAUUUUGCUAGUGAACCAUAUUCGCCGGAUACGCAUAUUAGUAGUGCGAGUGGUAAUCAAAAUCACCACAACAAUAAUAACAACAACACCGGCUAUAAGCAGGUUUCCUCGUCCACAACAACAACACCAUCAGCCUCAUCUGCUUCAUCGUCGUCGUCGACCACAACAACAUCAUCGACUUUUGUUAGCUCCUCGACAUCGGCAAUUGCACAACAGCAACAACAUCAACAGCAGCAGCAACAACAACAACAACAACAACAACUACUACACCAGUUGACAACGCACAACCUUGCACAGCAUAAAAACUUCACGCUGGAGAAAUCACAGAGUCCAGCCCAACAGGUGGCGCCCACAUCGGUGCCACUGCAAAUCUCACCCGAACAAUUACAGCAGUUGCAACAAUUGCAAUUGCAACAUGGCUCACCGUUCACUGCCAUCCAGGUGAAACAGGAAUUUCCCACACACACUGCCACCACACACCAGCUGACUGCCGCCGGUGCUGCCGGCGAACUGAAGCAUCCCGGUUUGUUGGAUCCUACGCAGGCCAAUCAAUUGCAGCAAAUGCAAAUGCAAUUGGCUGAUCCCACGGCCGGCGCACCGGGCAGUCCGGCUAAUCAGCAAACACCCAGCAGUGCGGCGGCGGCAGUUGCUGCAAUGCAACAACAACAUUCGACCACUAUAAGCACCAUGUCCCCAAUGCAGUUGACGGGCGGUGUUUUGGGUGAUUGGGCGCAAGGACGCACCGUGCAGUUGAUGCCGCAGCAAGCGGCGCUCAAUUCGGGUUUCAUCUAUCCGCAACUGGUUUCAGGCAAUUUGAUACACUCGAAUUUGGGUCAGCAGCCAAUACAGGUUAUCGCCAGCAAACCUUUUCAAGGCGGCACGCCGCAAAUGAUUACCACCACCACACAGAAUGCCAAACAAAUGAUUGGCGGCAAUGCUGGCUUCCCCAACACCUAUGCAAUACCGUCCAGUCAAUCACCGCAAGCGUUGCUCUUCACACCUAUGUUGGCGCAAUCGCCACAACAACAACAUAACCUAUUCAAUUCUAUGGUCGCCAACGCUCAGCAGCAGCAGCAGCAGCAGCAACAACAACAUCAGCAACAGCAGCAACAAGCGCAAAACGCCAAAGUUACUAGCGAUGCACAGAAAGGUCUGCAGCAGAAAGUUGUGCAGAAAGUCACCACCACUACGAACACCGUGCAAUCGGCAACUGGCGCUGCUGGUGGUGUAGCACAACAGCAGCAACAACAGUCGACGCAGCAAUGUGUACAGGUGUCGCAAGCUACAAUGCCGACACAGAUCAUAAGUCCGCUGCAGGGCACCACGGGCACACAGCAAAUGCAACUUGGUCCUUGGGUGCCCAUUUGGCAGAAUCCCAUCAUCAUACGGGGCACACAGCCGGACGGCACGCAGAGCAUGUUCAUACAGCAGCCGACGGCGCAUCAGACCAUACAGACGCAACAGCAGAAUCCAGCAAUCACAUUGCAAUGCAAUGUCGCACAGCCCGCACAGAAGCCGCGACAGCAAAUCGAAGCGCUCGCACCCAAACAACAACAAACACAUCAACAACAGGCACAACAACAACACCAGCAGCAACAACAACAAACGGCACAGGCUGUCGUCGCCGCACAGCUGCAGCAGCAAGCUAUAACGGCAAGUCAACUGCAAGUAGCACAACGCGUGCCGCAGAUAAUGCCACAAAAUGGCGCACAAAUACGCCCGGCUAGCUCAGUGUCGACGCAAACCGCGCAGAAUCAGAGUUUGCUGAAGAAGAUGCGAACCAAAAAUCAGCCAGUGCGGCCGGCGCUGCCCACGAUGAAGACUGAGAAUGGGCAGGCAAAGCCGCAGACGAUCGCCACGGCGGCUGGACUGCAGCAACAGGGCGCAACCAUGCAUCAGGUUGUAACGCCGACGGGCAAAAUGGUUGUGAUGAGCACCGGACCGUCAAUCACCAUACAGAAUGGUCAGGCUCUACAACAAGCUGCCGCCGCCGCCACAGCUGGGCAUAUGGAUAAACAGCAGCAGCAGCAGCAACAGCAACAUCAGCAGCAGCAGCUGCAAAUACAACAGAUACAAAAACAGCAGCAACAGCAACAACAACAGCUAUUACAACAACAACUGUUGCAGCAACAAUUCGCUUCGGCUAUACAAAUGCAACAGCAGCAGCAACAGCAACAACAACAGCAGCAACAAUUGCAGCAAACCCAGCAGCCGCAACAAAUACAAUUGCAGGUGGCGCCGCAGACAUUUAUCACACAACAACAAGCGCAACAACAACUGCAAACGCAGACGCAGCUACUGCAACAGCAGUUGGUGCAGCAGCAGCAACAAGCACAACAGCAACAACAGCAGCAGCAACAACAACAGCAACAACAGCGUGAGCAACAGAAUAUAAUCCAUCAAAUUGUUGUGCAACAACAGCAACAGCAGCAACCGCAGCAGCAACAGCAACAACAACAGGCGCAAGCUCACGUUCAACAGCAACAGCCGGCACACCUGCCACCACAAAUUGCCGGCGUGCCCUUCUCCGUGUCCUCUUCAACGCCCUCGAGCAUAGCUUCAUCAGCGGCAGCCGCGUUGCAACAACAUGCCGUCUAUCAGUCGAAGGCGUCUACACUGCCGACCAGUUCAGUGGUGACCAUUACAAAUCAGGCUGGACCGCUAGUUACCAGCACUAUUGGCAUUAAUCAAACUGCACAAUUGCAACAACAACAACAGCAGCAGCAACAACAACAACAACAACAGCAAAGUCUAUUAGCGGCAACGCUGGCCGCAUCACAAGCGCAGCAACAACAAGCCCAAGCGUUGGCACAACAGCAAGCUCAACAAGCACAUCAGCAACAACAACAACAAACCCAAAUGGCACCACCCGCCACACAACCACUGCCACAGCCCAGCAUAGUAUCGACACCCACACAAAGUCCACUACUAAGUCUGACCUCCAUGAUGAAUGCAUCCAUGGGUGGUAACAGCGUAUCAUCAUCGCCGAUUGGCUCAACGGCGAGCGCAGCAGCAACCAUGGCCUCACCGCUGAACAGUGUGGGCAGUAUUGCUGGCGGUGGUGGCGUUACAUCUGUUUCUUCGCUUCCGGGUACGCCAAUUAAAAUGGUUGUUAGUGAGCAACAGCAACAGCAACAACAACAACAGCAACAGCACCAUCAGCAGUUGCAGCAACAACAGCAAUAUAAGAACGCUUUAGCCAACCACACGCCCACACAAAUGUCACACGUGGGAGGCAUUGCAUCGGAAGCGAAUCGCGCAUUGCAAGCCUCUGCAGCAGCAGCGGCUGCGGCAGCCAACAAUAAUCAAAUAAUAGGCAUGAAUGCUGCAAAUGCAACGGUAGUAGCUGCUUCAACUGCUUCAACAACGGCAAAUGAACUGAACAAAGAGGCGGCAGCAAAGGCGGCAAUCGAGUCCACAAAGGUUGCUAUACUUCAACAGCAGCAAACGGUUGAGUCCUCAGCCACAGCGUCGUCCCAAUCAACUGCUACAAACCAGCAGCAGCACCAACAACAACAACAACAACAGUUGCUGCAAACCAACAGCACUUCUAGUGCAGUCAAUUCGUCAAGCGUUGACGUAGCAAAGGGUACAAGUGCUAUGGAUUCCACACCGCCGCCAUCAACGCCGACGACACCUACCAACGUAUCGGCGACCACAACGCCAACAAAGAAUGUAGCGAAUGUAACAUCGCUUACGCCAACAGCGACAACAUCGCCAGCGAAAGGCACAUCGGGUAACCGCACGCAAGACCCCUCCAAAACAGCUGCUACAAAUGCGGAGACAGAAAAGUCAUCAUCAGCAGCCACGACUACUACCAACGAUGAAAGUAAUACUCAAAAUCUUAAAACCACACCAAAUGCAAUCUCCGCGAUGCCCAAGAACACGUCUACCAUGGCAAGCGUUAAAGUGGAAAAGGAUUUGCCUAAAGCGAUGAUCAAGCCCAACGUACUGACGCACGUCAUCGAAGGUAUGCUUAUAAAAGAGGCCGAUGAACCCUUUCCGGUGACACGACAGCGUUAUACAGAUAAGGAUACCGAAGAUGAGCCGCCCAAGAAGAAAAUGUCCAUGAGCGAAGAAGCGGCUAACAAUAACAACUCCUACAAUCAAACAAAUGGACCCAACUCACUACCGCCCGACAUGGUUGCUUGCGAGCAAUGCGGCAAGCCGGAGCACAAAACAAAACUGAAGAAGAAACGUUUCUGUUCCCUCACCUGUGCGCGCCAAUCGAAGGCAUCGAUGAAUGAACAACCCGCCGAGGCGCCAACGCAAAGCAACACCACCAAUGUGCUGCACACUGCCACCGGCAAUCAACAACAACAUGCCAAUAAUGACACAAUGCUGGCGAAUAAUAAAAACGCCAUGGAAAACACCAACAAUGUUACAAGCAAUACAAAUGAUGCUUCGGCUGCUGCAGCGCCGGAGAAAAUGCAAACAGAUUCUAUACCCUCCGCACCCGUUACCGGCUAUAGUAAUAACACUGCUGCUUUGGUGGCGGGUGGUAAGCAUGAAAAUGCUGCAGCUGUGGCUGCAGAGGCACAACAGGCGGCAAACGCAGCGGCAGCAGCAGCGAAUGCUGUUGCUACUGCUGCUACAACAGCUGCUAACAAUGCCGCUGCAGCGUCGGCUUCAACGCCAUCUCCUGCAGCCGCCACCGCCGCCACAAACGCCGAACGUCCCGCAAUGGCCGAUUGGACAGUGGCUGAAGUAUGUGAGUUCAUACGUCAUUUGCCGGGUUGCACGGAUUAUGUAGAAGAUUUUGAACAGCAGGAAAUCGACGGUCAGGCCUUGAUGUUGCUCAAGGAGAAUCAUUUGGUGAAUGCGAUGGGCAUGAAAUUGGGACCGGCAUUGAAGAUCGUCGCCAAGGUGGAGUCGAUGAAGGAGCAAGCGCCAGCGCCAGCGCCGCCUGCGGAUAAGGAGUUGCAACAGUAGAGGCGGCGUGCGAAAUUUGUAAAUAAAUAUCAUUUAAAGCGAUAAUUUUACAACACAGAUGCACGCACAGCUUGUAGCAUACAUAUGUAGGUAUAAGCGAGAAAAAAUAUGUGCGGUUUUAUUUAAGUAGGCUAUGUAUGUACAUAUAAAGUAGUUUGAAACGAAAAAUGUAUGUCUGAAGGAAAUGUUAAAUUUUAAGUUACUUAAAUACUUUGGAUAAAUGCCACUAAUGCGUAAAUUAAAUCAAUUAAGGAGAAGCUGAAUGAAAUAUUAAUAUAUAUGUAUUUUUAAAUUAAGUGUAAUUCAGCAAUUAACUGUGCUGCUGAUUUCUCAUAUCUAUCUACCAGCUAAGUUGCCACUUUUCUCUCUUUUUAAGUAUUGAAGCGUUUUAAAUUAUUCCUCUAAAAAACUCUGUUUUUUCUGCGCUUUUGUACGCCCUUAAACUCUUUCCAUUUUGUGUUUCAAUGAAUAAUUAUAAUUAAAUUUUAUUUAAUUUCCUUUUAAUUAGUGAAUUUGUUAUUUUGUGCGCUUUACAUACAUAAGUAAUUACAGUUAAGUACAGUUAGGUCGUAAGUUUAGGCGUUUAAUUUGCAGAAAUAAGAAUUUUGCAGACAUUAAAUUUUGCAUAUACAUAUGUAUGUAGACAUAUAAAAUAUAUUUAAUCGUGUUGAGUGUGAGAAAUGGUGACAACUCAAGAAGCUACAGACCGUUUUGUAAACUCAAAGAGUAUUUUUUUAUUAUUAUUACUGCUACAUUUAUAUACUUACAUAUUAAAUACUUACUAAAUACAACGUAAUAUUUAAUUUUAGCUUUUAAGUGUGUAUGUAAAUGGAAAUGAAUAUUAAUAUAAAAUUUG